AUGAAAUUCAAAAUUGGUAAUGCUAUGGAAAAUGUGGGUGAAGGGAUCAUGCAAAUCAUGGAUAACUGUGUCAACAUAGAAAUCCUAGAAGAAAAGUCUCAAAUGCUCAACAAACAGGCUGCAGUGUUUCAACAUGAGGCAAAAGCUCUAAACAACUUUUACAAGCGAGAACGAAUAAUUGUUAGAUAA